UUCUUGAUAGUUUUUGAAGCAACUCCUUAAUGGAUAUUCUUCAUUAGCGGUCUGCAAGUCAUCAUCGGUCAAUUUUCCGGUGAUUCAUGCACCCAUUUUUUCAAUUUUCUUCUUCAUAACCCUAAAUCCUCAUCUUGUUCUUCUUACAAAAACAGAUUGAAGUUCUUUAACUAAAACCCAAUUCAAAGAUUCCAUUUUUUUACAGUACCACCAUGGCAUAUGCCAAUUCAAGAUCUGUAAGAUUUCAUGAUGAUAUUGAGGUAUCAAAACUCCCGUCUAUGAAGAAAGACAACUUGUUUAAGGUCAAAUAUAAUCUUGAUGGCAAGCAGGUGCCUGAACAAAGAAUGGAGGAAAAGAGUCCACCUUCGUUGAAAUCGAAAGUUCUCUCCAGGGUUUUCUCUGAAGAUUACGAAAGAGUGCAGAAGAAAAUCUUGGAUCCUCGAGGGCUAACUAUUCGGAAAUGGAACCAUAUUUUCUUGUUUGCAUGUUUGAUUUCUUUGUUUGUAGACCCUUUGUUCUUUUACCUGCCAUCUGUUCGAACCAGCCAUGCUUGCAUCCAUAUUGGUCUCACCCUCGAGAUCGGUCUCACCGUCGUGAGAUCAAUAGCAGACGUCUUUUACACCAUUCAGAUUCUCAUCAAGUUCCGUACAGCCUAUGUUGCACCAUCUUCCCGCGUUUUUGGAAGAGGCGAGCUCGUUAUAGACUCUUCCAAGAUUGCAAUAAAUUAUUUCCGAAGUGGUCUCUGGAUCGAUAUCAUCGCUGCCCUGCCUCUUCCUCAGCUGCUAAUCUGGCUGAUCAUACCGAGCCUAAGUGGCUCGACCAUGACUAACACAAAAAAUGUUCUUCGGUUUAUCAUAAUCUUCCAAUACCUCCCGAGACUAUAUCUCAUAUUCCCUCUAACAUCACAAAUUGUCGAGGCUACAGGCAUUGUGACAGAAACCGCAAGAGCUGGAGCUGCGUAUAAUCUGAUGCUAUACAUGUUAGCAAGCCAUGUUUUAGGAGCUUGUUGGUAUCUUUUAUCAAUAGAGAGAGAAGAAGCCUGCUGGAGAAGUGUAUGCCUUUUCGAGGAUCCAAAUUGUGACGAUAAGUUCUUCGACUGUGAAAGAUUUCACGACCCUAAUAGAAGCUUGUGGUUCCGAUCUAGUAACGUCUCGGAAAAAUGCAUCCCCACGAGCGGGUUUUAUCAGUUCGGUAUUUAUGGCGAAGCUCUGACCUCAAAGGUUACCUCUGCCUUGUUCUUCAAUAAGUACUUCUAUUGCCUUUGGUUUGGCUUGAAGAACCUCAGUUCUCUGGGGCAGAAUCUUUCGACAAGUACUUAUGUGGGCGAAAUCGUGUUCGCAAUCAUAAUUGCCACCGUGGGACUAGUUCUCUUUGCAUUGUUGAUCGGAAACAUGCAGACUUACCUUCAAUCAACAACGAUUCGAUUAGAAGAAUGGAGGAUCCGGAGAACAGACACAGAACAAUGGAUGAAACAUCGGCAGCUGCCGCCUGAGCUCAAGCAGUCUGUUCGCAGAUACGAUCAGUACAAAUGGAUAGCUACUCGAGGAGUUGAUGAAGAAUCGCUUCUCAAGGAUCUUCCUUUAGAUCUUCGACGAGAUAUUAAACGACACCUUUGCUAUGAUCUAGUUCGACGAGUUCCGUUGUUUGAUCAAAUGGACGAACGGAUGCUAGAUGCAAUCUGUGAACGGCUAAAACCGGCCUUGUCUACGCAAGGCACAUGUUUGGUUCGGGAGGGUGAUCCCGUGAACGAAAUGCUAUUUAUAAUCCGAGGAAACCUUGAUUCCUACACCACAAACGGUGGUCGAACCGGGUUUUUCAACUCGUGUUCGAUAGGUCCCGGCGACUUUUGUGGCGAGGAACUUCUGACGUGGGCCCUGGACCCACGGCCGAGUGUGGUGAUUCCGUCAUCGACUCGAACCGUAAAGGCGAUUUCUGAAGUCGAAGCUUUUGCGCUCAUAGCCGAGGACCUGAAGUUUGUGGCAUCACAGUAUCGGAGAUUGCAUAGUAAGCAAUUACGCCACAAGUUUCGGUUUUAUAGCCACCAGUGGCGGACAUGGGCGGCUUGUUUCGUGCAAGCGGCAUGGAGGCGAUAUAAACGGAGACAAAGUGCAAGUGAACUCAAGGCUCGAGAGAGUUUUGCAAGCGUGGAUUACGAGCCAGAAGUUAGCCCUCCGAAGCAUGGUGGUCAAAUGGUUGCACCCGAGCCAGGGUUCGGUGCGUAUGGUGCGAGUUCAAGGAGGUCUGGGAACUUGCAUUCGGUGUCGAAAUCGACUAGUGUUAGCGCAUUACAAAAACCAACGGAACCAGAUUUUUCUGUAGAAGAAGAAUGAUUGAUGAAACGAAGCUGAGUUUGUCUAAUUUCACAGCCCAAAGGGCUAAAAACUAGCAAGUAGCAAAUAGAGACAGUUUUAUUCUUAUUGUCUUAACAGAUUAAUAUAAAUGUAUCUACUAAAUUUUGAUAUUUAGAAUAAGCACCGUAAAGAUCAAUUAGCGAGGUUCCAAUUCCAUUGUAACAAAAAAAUAUAAGUACAUGGAAGCCCUGAAAACUAAUUAGUUCUUAAAUCGUGAUUAUAG